AUCUCUGGUGGGGUUGAACGGUGGGAGGGUGGUGGUGGUGGUGGUUUAUUGCGCGGUUCCGUGGGCCUGCGCGGUCGCUCCCGUCUGACAAACCGCUGAUAAAACGUAAUCACUGUAAACGGAGCAAAUUUUCUUAUCAUCGUUGUGUCAUUAUCAAAAAAAGAGAAAAAAAACCAAAACAUUGACUUGUGGACGAGUGCCCCCUCAUAACGGCAAUGCUAAACGUCAAAAUACAAUUUUUAAUAAGGCAUAGCAGCAGAUGCCCGUGGUAGUCGAAUUCACUGACCUUUUUUCUACGUUCUUCGUGUAAGAAGCAACAUCAAUCAAAACUACGUUCAAAAUCGCAGUCAAAGUCUUUAACAGCCACUCGGACUGCUUUUGUAUCUAUCGUCUGACUAUAUUCAAUCGAAUUUAUGGUUAUUCGUUACUCUGCAUAUAGUACAUGUCUUUAAAAUGGCAAAUCCAAACAAACAUAUUUGCAAAUUACAAGAAUUUGCUGCACACAAUGCAAAUGUUACUUGUUUGGCUCUUGGUCAAAAGAGUGGCUUAGUAUUAGCUACAGGUGGUGCAGAUAACAAAGUGAACUUGUGGAAAGUUGAUAGUGAAACAUGUUUUAUGAGCUUAUGUGGCCACGUAACUCCAAUUGAAUGUGUACAAUUUGAUCCAUCAGAGUAUUUAGUCGGUGCUGGUAGCCAAACAGGUGGCUUAAAAGUAUGGGACUUAACUAAAGGAAAAAAGGUUAAAACAUUUAGUGGACAUAAAUCGGCUGUUACAAAAUUAGAUUUUUUUCCUUUUGCUUCAUCUUCAUAUUUUGUAACGGGUUCAAAAGAUACCAAUGUUAAGCUAUGGGAUUAUCGAUAUUCACAUUGUAUAGGGAUGUACAAAGGUCACGAAGCAUCUAUAUCUAGUUUAAAAUAUAGUCCAGAUGGUUUGUGGAUUGCUUCUGGCGAUGAAGAUGGAUGUGUUAAGAUAUGGGAUUUGAGAGUUGGACGCAUGAUUCAUGUUUUUGAUAAACUACAUAAAGGAGCAGUAACAUCAAUUCAAUUUCAUCCAUUAGUAUUUUUAUUAGCUAGUAGUGGAACAGAUAAUAAAAUUAAUAUAUUAGAUUUGGAGCGAUUUAGUAUUAUUUCUCAAAUAGAUACAGACAAAUCUAUAAUUAGAUGUUUGCAAUUCAAUGACAAAGGAGAUGUUUUAUAUGGAGGUGGUAAUGAUUACCUUGGGGUAUAUGGUGUAGAACCAACCAGAGUAUGUGACUCGGUAGUAGUAAAAUGGGGAAAUAUGAACGAGUUAGUAGUAAAAGAUAAUCGAAUUGUUGGUGCUUCGCAUUUAUUAACAGAUGUUUCAACAUGGUUAAUUAAUUUACCUGAAGAAUAUCCUUUUAAGAAUCAAUUUUCACCACCUGAUAAAUCAUCAAAAACUAAUACAAUGUUUACAAGAGAUACUAGUGUUCGAAAAAGUUUUAAUAAACAAAAGUCACGAGAAAUGACUAAACCUAAAACUAAUAUGAAAUUAAUUGAUGAAAGCGAAACUGAUAUUGAUGAUGAAAAUCAAACUGUAAUUAAUAAUGUUCAUGAUUACCAUUCAGUGUUUAAGCCAAAUAGAACUUCGUUUAAACCAAGUAGAAUAUUAAAUAGAAGUCCACCUCCAUUUUCACCCUUAUCUGAAGACGAUAAUUCCAAUAAUAUAUUUACUGGUGAAGUAAAUAGAAAUCAAUUAACUUCUGCGAAAUUAGAGGAUAAAAAACAUAGCAUUGAUCUUUCUCAAGGAGUAAUGCAAAGUAGUUAUUCAGAAGCUGAAACUUCAUCCGUGGAUUCUACUCCUUGUGAUUCAUUUCAGUUACCUCAGUUUGAAAGUUCUGGUGAUUACCAUACUCCUGACUUACCAACUCCUUUAUCAACACCUGAUAGUGUUGAGGCAUCUGAAAAAAGACACAAUCCUUAUAUAACAUCGUCAGUUUCAAUGCGUAGUGUAUCUUCUAAUGUAAUUAAUGAAAGCUUAACUAAACGUCCAUCAUCUCUACCAGUAUUUAGACAAAAUGAUCAUUUUGCUUAUGGACAUAAGUAUACAUCUCCUCAAUCUCAAAGAAAAAUAAUACCAGAUGAAAUUACAUCAUUACCUCAACAUAAACGACUGUUGGCUGAUGAUUUUUUAGUUACACCAGAACAUAAAAAGACUGAUAUCAUCGCAAAGAAAUUUGAACUUCCCCUAGAUGAUUUUGGGGAAUUAAAAAAUGUUUGUACAAAUAGUUUAAAUAAUGUCAUGUAUGAUGAAGAAGACAUAGUGGAAAUUCUUUCAAAAAACCAUAAGUCCACUAUGGGUGUGCUCAAAGAAAGACAACGUUAUCUUAAUAUUAUACAAACAUUAUGGACUAAUAAAAAUUUUAAGUGUGCUGUAAAUUCUGCUGUUUCCAUGAAUGAUGAUGCUGUCAUAUCAGAUCUCAUUUCUAUUAUUACACAACGCCCAAAUCUUUGGUGCCUAGAUGUUUGCAGUAUGCUUCUUCCUUCGAUAUCUGAUUUAAUUCAAAGUGGCAAUGAGGCAUUCAUAAAUAUAAGUUUCAAAGCCAUAAGAGAUAUACUGCAGUAUUUUAUGCCAGUCAUUAAGAAUAAUAUACAAAGACCACCUUCUGCAAUAGGUGUUGAUAUUAUGCAAGAAGAAAGAUACAACAAAUGUCGCAAGUGUCAAAACAUACUUAUGGAUAUCAGGUCAUUUGUACUGAAAAGGCAAACAGUCCAGGGUAACUUGGGCAAUGUUUUCAGACAGUUGCAUAUGCUCUUGCAAACAAUAGACAUCUAAACAGCAAAAAUAAGACAAAAAUGUGCCUUAAUCCGCUAAAGAGACGGCCAAUAGGAGGCAUUGAACAAGUGGUGAAUCCUGUUAAUUGCGUGUCUUACGAUACAUUAUUAUUAUUAUUAGAUUUUCUUUUUAUAUAAUUUUUAAGCCUUAUCAAACUGUCGUCAAUGUGUAGUAUUUUUUGAAUGAAUAAUUUGUUAAUUUUUUUUUUAAAACGUUAAUUUUUAUAACAUUUUCGAUCUUAAUAACAUUGUACUACUAACGCACCACUAUAUUUUUUAGCUUUUUGAGCCCAUUCGAUUUUCGUUCUAUAGGUACGUAUCUAGUUUAUAAAGGCAUUAAGAACAGUAUACUAACAACAAUUUUCAAACCCACGCGAUACAGGCAGGCCGUGCACAUAAUAAUAAUAAUAUUAAUGUUUACGAAGCUCUUUCUAUUUUAACCACAUAGUCUUAUAAUAUAAAAUAUAAAUCCAGUUCUGUAGACAAUGUAUGACAUAUGUAAAAUAUUCCAUUAGAUCGGUGUUUUCUUUUUUUUUUACUUCUCACCUUUUCAGAAAAGGUCUAAACAUGAAUUACAAAAAUAGUAAUACUACAAUAAAUAUAACUGUGUUGUAAUGGGUUAUGUACUACAACAGCUGAAAUCACAUUUAUAUUAUAUUAUACCUACAUUUUUUUUUAAUGUUGUACACUUGUGGAUUAAACAGAAUAAUUGUUCAUAAAUCAAAAAAAUUAUUAUAAUAUUUACAGGAACUUACGUUACUUUACAAAUAUUCUUAUAUACAUUUUUAUCCCCUUUUUUUUACUUGAUUGUAAGCAAUUAUUAUAAAACAUGGCUGUGUUUUCUACUUUUAGAAAUACAAAAUAUUCAGUGUUUUCUAUCAGUUGAAUCCGUCCAAUAUUAUAAAUUAUAAUAAUUGUAUUAACACCAUACUGUUGUAAUCACAAUAAUUAUAUAAUAUAUAUAUUUUUAAAAAAUUAUCAACUGAAGAAAUUACUAUUCAGCCUAAAAAGGUACCAAUAAGCCCAAAGAAAAAAUGUUCGGUGUUAUUUUUUAUCCAAGCAUAAUGUACAUUGUUUUAAUUUAAUUUUUGAUUUAUUUGAGCGAUCUCAUUUCUGUUGUGUACAGAUUGUAGUCAAAUGUUAUCUUUAAUAAUUAGUGUGUAAUUUUUUUUUUUUAUUAUUACUAUAUGGCUUAAUUGUAACUCCAAUUUACUGUUUCUUUUUUUUCAUUAUAUAUUUUAUUUAUAUGUUACACUUAAUUUUUUUUAUACAGAUUUUCUCUUAUUUUUUUUUUAAACCUAUAUGUGUCGAGUGUAUUCAGUUUUUUAUUUUGAAGUCAACAAUAUUGGUAAUAAAUUAAUUUUCCAGUACCUUUUAAUUUAUAUUGUUUUAAAACACAGUUGUAUGUUUUGUGGUUUAUAUGGUUUAAAUUUUCUAAAAUUAUAAAAACUGUUUGAAUAUUUGUAUUUUUCCACUAACACAGUACUAACUUAGUCCUAUAUUGUUAUAUAGAUAAAUUAAAAUAUUUAUUAUGAAUACAAUAUAUAAUAUAAAUUAAGUUUCUGAAAUAUAGUGAUAAUAUUUUACAUUACAGAACAUGUACCUUUAUCAAAAUAAUACUAUUUAUAGAAAUUAUGUUACUUUAUCUUGUUAUUUAAAUUUAAAUAUGUUUGAUAAUAAUUGUAAUUUGUGAAACUAACUAUUUAUUUAAUUAGGUACAUUACAUAACUAAAAUAUUUUCAGAACAUUCAUACUUUAUAGGUACCAUAACGUUUUAUAUUAAAACUAUAUUUCAUUACAGCCACAUUUAAUUCCAUUAAAUUAAGUUAAAAAUCUGUUGGUUUUUUAUUGUUUUUUUUGUUUGUUGGUUUUUUUUGUUGCUAAUUCAAAAUUGUGAAAAUAACUUUGUACAAAAAACAACGAGCUUAUAUUUAACUUUUUGGUUUUUGCUAUAAUUACUUAAUGAUACAGUAAACCUUUUGUAUUUUUAAGCAAUACACUAACCAAUUUUUGUAUGUUGUUUAAUUGAUUUCAAAUGUUUAGAUUAUCAAGAUGACAAUAAACCCUAUUAUUUUAUACUAA